UCUGGUCACUCUAAGGGCGGGGGUGGUUUUUGCGAAUGUUUUCUUUUGUUGUUGCUGCCCGAAGGAAAAUAACUUCAACUGAAAAUUAAACCAAUCAGCUAAUUAAAUUAAGUUAAAAAAACAAUAAAAUAUCAUAAAGCAUGAUAUAGCAGAGGAGAAUCGAGAAAUCACACUUGGAAGUACAAAUAAAAGUAGCUGCAAAGAUGACGCCAAGUUCUAUAUGGACCUUCGGCCUCCUGAGUGCUUUUCUUGUCACCUUGGGAUCAACGGCGAUUUCCUCGAGGGUUCUGGAGCUUAGCGACCGGUUUAUCGAUGUGCGACACGAGGGUCAGUGGCUGGUCAUGUUCUAUGCACCGUGGUGCGGCUACUGCAAAAAGACAGAGCCCAUCUUCGCUCUGGUGGCUCAGGCGCUCCAUGCCACCAAUGUGCGGGUGGGUCGCCUAGAUUGCACCAAGUAUCCAGCAGCAGCCAAGGAGUUCAAGGUUCGUGGUUAUCCCACCAUCAUGUUCAUCAAGGGCAACAUGGAGUUCACCUACAAUGGAGAUCGCGGUCGUGAUGAGCUGGUCGAUUAUGCUUUGAGGAUGUCUGGUCCUCCAGUUCAGCUGGUUACGCGAACGGAGAGUGUGGACAUGCUAAAGGGAUCCCAUACGAUCUUCUUUAUUUUUGUGGGCCAGCAGGAGGGCGUGGUGUGGGAUACGUACUAUGCUGCAGCGGAGGGUUACCAGGAGCAUGGAUUUUUCUAUGCCACCAGUGAGGAUAUCGCAGCCCAGCACUUUGACUUUGAGAAACUACCAGCAGUUAUUGUUUACAAGGAGGAACAGCACCACUUCUAUCCGCACGGACACCUCGCGCAUGAAAUGGACCCUAAUGAAGUUAACGAGACCGUUUUCCAGUGGGUGAAUGUUGAGAGGUUCACACUCUUCCCGAAGGUCACUCGAUUCAACAUUCAUCAGCUGCUAAAGACAAAUAAGUAUCUAGUUCUGGCUGUUGUGCAGGAGGAUAAGCUCAAUCAGAUAGCCACCCAUGAACUGGAGUUCCGGGACAUGGUCGAGGGCGUGAUAAGGAAACACAGGGCACGAUAUCAUGAGAAGUUCCAAUUCGGAUGGAUCGGUGAGCCAUCUAUAGCACACUCCAUCAUUCUGGAUCAACUGCCUACGCCGCAUUUGAUAGCGAUUAACUCGAGCACCCAACACCACUACUUACCAGACGAUGAUCCCAUUCAGAUGACCCCGCAGGCACUGCAUCUCUUCCUGGAAUCCAUUAGUAAUGAUAGUGCGAUUGCAUAUGGAGGAGAUACGUAUUUUGUGCGAGUGAAUCGUGCGCUAUUCGAAGUGCGAAGAGCCCUUAGGGAUAUGUGGCUGGGAAAUCCCGUGCUGACCACUGUUAUCUUUGGUCUGCCGCUUGGAUUCCUCUCGCUCAUUAUGUAUUCCAUUUUCUGUGGCGAUUGUUUGGUCACUGAGGAUGAUCAGGAUGAAGAUCACGAAAAGAAAGAGUAAAAAGAACACUAACAGAAAGACCGAAAGCAAUUAGAUGAAGGUAAAUCAGGUGAUCUCGAGAAGAAUUUUAAGUUUCGUAGAAGAUCCCGAGAAAAAAAUUAAAGCAAACCAAAAGGAGUACGAAGAGAAGAAAGCGAAAAGAAGUCGUAGCAGAUCCCAUCCCCUAGAGCAACUUUUCUACCGUAUAUAUAUGUAAGCCAAAUCUAGUCCUAUGUCAUCUCAUCUCCGCUGGGCGAGAACUUCCAAAUCUGCUUAAAGAAUCGCCAUUUGACACAAUGAAAUCAAUUCGCAUUCGUGCGUCUGGUUCUUUUUUUUCGUUUUAAGUUAGUAAAAGUAAUAAACAUGUUUUAGCGGAUGCGAA